UGGAAGUCAGACGUGCAUGAAAACAAGCGUGCAGUAGCCAAGUUAAAGAAUGCCGCGGAGAACUGUAAACACGUUUUGUCGACCAUGCCGACAGCGCAGUGCUCUGUGGAGUCUCUUCAUGAAGGGAUUGAUUUUCAGUCAAGUGUCUCCAGAGCGAGGUUUGAAAGUCUUGUGUCCAGUCUUCUCCAGCAAUGUCUGCAGCCAGUAGAGCAGGUACUGACAGAGGCCCAACUCACCAAAGAGAACAUAAACAAAGUCAUCGUGUGCGGAGGAACCACCAAGAUUCCUGCUCUACAACGUUCCUUAAAAGAUUACUUUAACGAGGCUGAGUUUCUAAACAGUAUAGUGCCUGAUGAAGUGGUGGCACUGGGGGCAGCCAAACAGGCAGCCAUAUUAACAGGGAAUGAGGAAGAAUCAAAAUUACAUGAACAGGAAAAUGAAGUGGAAUGUCUAUCUAAGCAGAUUCUAAUCAAGGUGUUGCCUAGCAACAGUGACCAAGACAAGCCCCAGGUGCUAUUUCCAGCCUUCACUCCUAUCCCAGUGAGACGGCAGCACAUAUUCAACCUCUCUCCAGAGCAGACAACAUUUUGUAUGGAAAUCUUUGAAGCAGAUGACAGUAUAAAUGAUACAGUAUUGCUAGGCAAGGUGGUAAUGCAGGAGGUGCCUGAGAAUGGUCAGAUAACAGCUGUCUUCCACAUCAGGAGGGAAGGUUCGCUCCAUGUGACGUGUACAGAGAAGACGUCGGGAAAACUAGAGGAUGUUCUAAUAGAAGCACAGUGAUGAACUUUCCUUCAAUAUUGAAAGAUACUACAGCUUAACAAUAAAUUUCUUCUAAAAUAUAGUCAGAAUGAGAUAUAAAAAAUACAGUGCAGAUAGAAACGUUUACUUCUUAUGAAAACUCUUUACUUCUGCUAAAAACUGUUACAGACAAAAAAAUAUUAAAUAUUGUGAAGAAAUCGUUUUGUAUACAAGUGUCUGGUCAAUGCCCUGGAAUAUGGACAUGAAAUGUGCUGAAAAAAUUAGAAAGGCUGGCAAUAGAUGUGGGGAACAGUCACGAGUUGUAAACCACGAAGCGACCCAAGUUGAA